AUGGCGGCCGCUACCUCGUACGACUACAUUGUCGUUGGAGGUGGUACCUCUGGCCUGGUUAUCGCCAACCGCUUGUCCGAAGACUCGAGUGUUUCCGUUCUGAUUGUCGAAAGAGGUGAUUCGGUCCUCAACAACGCCCUUGUUUACAACACCAGUGACUACGGUGCUGCCUUUGGCUCCUCCAUCGAUUAUGCCUAUCAGUCUGUCCCUCAAGCCUACGCGGGCAACAAGGUCCAGACCCUGCGUGCGGGAAAGGCUCUGGGUGGCACAAGCACGAUCAACGGUAUGGCCUACACCCGUGCUGAGGACAUCCAGAUCGAUGCCUGGGGUCAGAUUGGCAACAACGGAUGGAACUGGAAGAACCUCUUCCCUUACUACGAGAAGAGCGAGGACUUUCAGGUUCCUACUCCCGCCCAGUAUGACGCAGGUGCCAACUACAACCCUUCGUAUAACGGCGAGUCUGGCCCUCUGCUUGUGGGCUGGACCUAUGAUAUGCAGAACAGCAGCAUCCACACCGAGCUGAACAUCACCUACCAGAACCUGGGUAUCUCCUACCUUCCAGAUGUCAACGGAGGCAAGAUGCAUGGGUACUCCAUGUUCCCUCGGACCGUGAACCGUGCUGAAAACGUCCGUGAGGAUGCAGCUCGCGCCUACUAUUACCCAUUCGACUCCCGACCCAACCUCUCGGCCAUGCUCAACACCACUGGAAACCGCAUCCUCUGGGCCCCUCAGACCAGCACUUCCAGUGCCGCUGUUGCCAGCGGUCUUGAGGUCACCCUCAGCGACGGCACCGUCGAAACCAUCACGGCGAACAAGGAGGUUAUCCUCUCAGCCGGAUCACUGAUCUCCCCUGCUAUUCUGGAGCGCUCCGGCGUUGGUAACCCAGCUGUCCUUGCUCAACACAGCAUCCCUCUCGUCGUCAACCUGACCACCGUCGGCGAGAAUCUCCAGGACCAGGUCAACACCGAGUUCAUCUACACCAGCAACGUUUCUUACUCCGGCGCGGGCACCUAUCUCGGUCACCCAACCGCCUCUGACAUCUUCGGCAGCAAUACAACCAAUGUCGCCAACGACGUCAAGAACAACCUUGCCAACUACGCUGCCCAAGUGUCUGCCGCCAGCAACGGCACCAUGAGCGCUGCCAACUUGCUCGCCCUCUUUAAUAUCCAGUACGACAUCAUCUUCGAGAACCCUACCCCCAUCGCCGAGGUGCUCGUUACCCCCAAGGGCACCAACUACUACUCCGAGUACUGGGGCUUGCUCCCCUUUGCUCGUGGUAACGUCCAUAUUGCCUCUACCGACCCCCUGCAGCAGCCCACCAUCAACCCCAACUACAUGAUGCUGGAAUGGGACAUGCAGCAGCAGAUUGGCUCGGGCAAAUUUCUCCGCACCCUCUACAACACUGCUCCCAUGAGCGCAUAUACCACUGGCGAAUCGACACCGGGAUACACCACUCUUCCCGCUGACGCCACCGACGCCCAGUGGGCUUCCUGGAUCAACUCCGUCUCUCGCUCCAACUUCCACCCCGUCGGCACCGCAGCCAUGAUGCCCCGGGACAUGGGAGGUGUCGUGGAUACUAAUCUCAUGGUCUACGGUACUGCCAACGUCCGUGUUGUCGACGCUUCCGUUCUCCCGUUCCAGGUCUGCGGUCACCUAACCAGUACCCUGUACGCUGUUGCGGAGCGCGCUGCCGACCUAAUCAAGGCUGGGGAUGUUUAG